GACCAAAAAGCUGAUGGGGGAGGAGGCCCUGGCGGGGGGCGACAAGUCGGACCCGAACCUCAAUAACCCCGCGGACGAGGACCACGCCUAUGCUCUGCGGAUGCUGCCCAAGACCGGCUGCGUGAUCCAGCCUGUGCCAAAACCCACAGAAAAGGCUGCCAUGGCGCCGUGCGUCAUCUCCUCGCCCAUGCUCAGCGCCGGCCCCGAGGACCUGGAACCGCCGCUCAAAAGGAGGUGCCUCCGAAUUAGAAACCAGAAUAAGUAAAAAGGAACACUCGCUCCCAGGGUACCUUGCAUGGAGAGAGGGCGUGGAGCAUAUCAUGUCAUGCCAUCCAAUGACACCAGCUGGUCAGCUCACCACCCCCCUCUGGCUAAAAGUCAAGCAAAUAACACAGCUUCCUGUCAUUAAACAUCUUGGAGGAAGCAGCCCUCCCUGGUGGCCUCUAGGCCAGGGAAGCCAGCACGUCUUGACCCACCAAGCUUGGGCCCAGCAUUCCUGCUCCCUCCAUCUCUGCUUGUCCCCAGAGGAACUUAGGGAUUUCGCUGGUUAAAAACUAACACUACCAACACGCCACAAGGACCAAUGUAGGUAUUCUCCUCACCCAUCUUCAAGGUUCUACGGCUGAGGCCAGAAGAUGUUAGGGAUUGGAAAACAAGAAUCUUUUUAAAUCUUUUUAAGAACUGUUGUGGUUUGCUGCUACGAUAAGAAUUGUGAUUUGCUUUUAUGGGUUAGAAACAGAACUGUUCUCGUUUUGGUGAGGAGAAGGGAUGGUCCUGGAGUCCCCAAGCUUCAGACUCAUCUCUGCCCCGGCCCACGAUGCACUUUUAAAUGAAGAGGUAGAAUAUUUUAUUGGCUAAUAUACUUUUCAUGUUAUUUUUUACAAAGGCCACCUUUAUCCUUUUUGAUGCCAUAUUUUCAGUGUUACACUUUUAUGGCUUUUAAUUUUCGAUCUGCCAGAUGUAAGAAGCAGCAUGGAUAGUUUAUACUGUGGUUUUACAGAGACCGAAUGCCAAGAGAACUGGUAAAUGUUUAUUCUUCUCAGCUUUCUCUUGAAAUGCCCCUAAAUAGCGCCCCAUUUGGGAACAGAGCAAGAGUGUCGAACUGAAGACCAAAAUGCCCUCAAGGUGUAAUAUAAUCCGAGGGGGAUAUUUGCUGGGCGUCAGGAAAGACUCGGAUGAAAUUUCAACCCUGAUGGUUUUCGGAGAUCCAGGAAGUCAGUGAGACAAUCUCUCUAUACGCAGAGUCCUUUCAUGAUAAUUAGAAUGGUAUGGACGAACCAAUGAAAACAAGAGGGAAAGUGAGAAAGAUCACCCGGGAUUCUGUUUCACUGUUUGCUUUCUCCUGUCAUGCUUAAGAGAAAUGUGCAAUUCGAUCCUCAGUCAGUGGGUGGAGGGUAACAGGGUAGAUUUUCUUGUGUGCACUUGUACAGUUGUAGCUGCGAGUCCAGAAGUCCUCUAGAACAUGUGGACUGGCACUGAGUUGGUGAGACAGUUGUGGAGUGCCCCAGUCUGAUGAGUACAGAAAAAAGAAAAGAAAAGAAAAAAAUUUUAAAAAAGAAGAAAACCUUAAAAAAAAAUCAAAUGAAAUCACCUUGUGAUUCAGUGUAUCUGUUUACUAACUCAAAUAAAAGCAAUUGUUCCCUCUGGAGGGGUUAAGGUGCCCCACCCCUCCAGGCCAUGGAGCCUCAGCAGGAGGGUGGCAGUCGGGAGGGCAGGCAGGGCCGGUGUCACCGUGCUUGCUUACAGCACUGGGGCCGUGGAUGGGUGUACAUACUGUAUUUCUAUAUUCUCCUUUGUACAGUCGAGUCAGGCUACUGUCUUACAGGUGCUCCUUAUUUAUUAGAGCUGUGAGAGCUUGGGGGACACACCUGGCGAGCAAGCUCGCUUUUUAAACAUGAAAUUGGGGGGCAGGGGAAGGGAGGCGGGAGGGAGGGAGUGCUCACAAGCCCAGGGAGAGAUUUAUAAAAGGGAAUGAAAAAAAAAUUCCAGCAACAAAUUAAACCAGCCAACAGCCCAACACCAAACCCACCCGUGAGGGAGCUGCAGCCCCUCUGGGUACUCCUUUUCCUGCGGUGUCAGAUUCAUCAGACAAAAAUAAAUCUCUGAGAAACAACAACAGCACACAUCUAUGUGCUUA